AUGAUGAUAUUUAUACCACUAAUUUUAAGUAAAUUUGUCAUAAGAAAGGAAAUACGAGACAUGACAAAAAAUGAGUGGAUUAAAUACAAAAAUGCAUUUAACUUAUUUAAUGAAAAAGGGUAUUUAGCGGACAUUGCUAAAAUUCAUGUGGAUGUAGAUAAUUAUGCCCAUAAAAAUGGUAGAUUUCUUCCAUGGCACAGAAUGCUUCUUCUUCAUGUAGAAUCAAUCUUACAAAUGCUUACAAAAGAUCCAGAAAUAUACAUUCCUUACUGGGAUUGGUCAGUAGAUGCAUCUGAUCCGAGUAAAUCUCUUAUUUUUACAGAUGAAUAUUGGGGACUGUCAGAAUGUUAUAAAGUAUCUUUCCCUAAUUCGCAUUGUUUACAAAGAAAAGAUAAAAAUAUAGAUCCAUUUUAUGGCGUAAGAGAUAUAGAAAGAUUAAUUAAUAGCAAAGGUACAUACAAUGAAUUUAGAGAUAUUUUAGAACUUGUACCACAUGCUUUAGUUCAUGAAAAUCUCAGUGGCGAUAUGGGACAAAUGUUUAGUCCAAAUGAUCCAAUAUUCUGGCAUCACCAUUCUUUUAUUGAUUAUAUCUGGCACCAAAAGCAGAUUAAAGGUUUAAAAAAUCAAUAUGAAGGAACAGUUAAUAAUAAGAAAUUAGACAUAGAAGAGAGAUUAUAUCCAUUUAAUAGACAAGUUAAAGAUGUACUAGAUCUUAAAAAAUGCAAAAUAAAAUAUAAACCUUUUAAAAUUGUAAAAAUACAAAGUGAACAUUUCAAGCCUUCAGAAUUAUCUGCCAAAUACAUAAAAUUACAUAAUUACAAUGAAAAAAAUGUAAGAAAAUAUGAAAAAUAUAUGAGAGGGGAAAUUAAAAAAGGAAUAUUGAGAAAAAUAUGGGAGUGGUUUUCUGGUAAUUAUAAAAUGACAUAA